AUGUCUCUGAAUAGCAGAUAUCGCGAAAGAAAAUAUAAUACAUCUGAUAAUGAUCGUUUAUUAAGAGCAUUGUCUCAACCAGUCCAAGCAUGGGAUAAAAAGUGGGCAUUACAUUCUAAUUCAAAGACAUUUCAAACAUAUAAAUGGGUCAAAUCUGAAAGACAAAUUGAGUUUGAGCAAGAUGAAGAAAGCGAGCCUGAGGCAGAUCUUGUGGAGACAACUCAAGAUAUUAGUAACGAAACAAAGGAUGUGAAUAUGGAAGAAACAGUAAAGAUUGAACCGGAAACAACAGUGAACAAUGGACCUGUAAUCAAUAAAGCAAUUGAUGCCAUUCAACAAGAACAAGAAGAUGAUGAGAAACGGUCUCAUACACCAAAGUUAGAUGAUAUAUCUGAUGAAGAACCAGAGCCAUCGUUAGACAAUGAAGAUGAAGAUAACGAUGUUGAUAAUAUAAAUGAUCCAUCUAAACACCCAGCAUUUGCACCUCAUGCUCAAGCGCACAUGACAGACGAUGACUUGAUGACAGAUUCUGCUGCUGCUACACCCAAUACUUUUACAGAAAAUAAUACACCUAUGCCUAGCAAUGCUGAAGAUGAGACAAUGGAAGAUGUCACAGAAAAUAAAGCCAAUACUUUACAAUAA